AUGUGUAGCCGGUGCUCACCGUUGAAGUUGGUCAAAGUAAAUGAGGCAUUGACCAAAUCCCAACAAGAUGCUGUUCAAGGAGUGGGUUUUGAUUCAAUGCUUCAAUUGAAGUGUCGAAUGUUGAACCAUGAUUUUAUAAGUCGGUUAGUUAAGCAUUUCAACCCUGUCACCAAGAGCUUGGAGUUUGGGAGGGUGAGGGUUUAUACAAUCACGCCUGAUGAUGUUCGAAGGGCGCUAGGGCUAUCUUGUGGAACGAUACCAGUUCCGACGGACUGUCAAGACCCCCACUUUGAACACAUUAGGAAGAUGUUUGGGACAAAAAAAAAAUCGUUGAAGAGAGGAGUGACAUUUGCGAUGAUGCAACAAGUAUUCAAUGAAAAGAAAGCUGACGUGAAGUUCCAGAUGUCGUACGUGUUGUUUGUGCUUUCUUGUUUCUUGUGUCCAACCACGAAGGAUGUGGCCGCCACAAAAUUUUACCCGGCAGUGCACAAUUUAUUGCAAACUCCAACAUAUGCGUGGGCAGAAUUUGUGCUUGAUUGGUUGGCGAAUGAAAUUGCGAAGUACAAGAAGAGAAGUGGCAAGGUUGUUGGUGGUAAGAAGGAUUGCGUUGGCGUUGCUGGUUGUGUGUUACUUCUAAUGCUUAUAUAUUUUGACAAACAGCCAAUGGGUAUGAAGGUUGGGAGUGAAGGUGAACCCCUUAUUCAGUCAUGGACGACAAAGUUAAUAAAAGAACGUAUUGCAAAGGAGAAGACGUUGGAGUUGGUAGAUCCAAUUUCUGAGCGAUUCCCUGAGGCUUCUUAUCGGCAUCCGUUCUCAAUUGCUACCUUUCAUGAUUUGAAGAAAUAUUUCGUCAAGCAAAUGCAACUUAUCGAUGUCAUGGACGGCGCCUUGAUGGGUGAUUUUCCUGAAACAUGCACAAAAAGUCCGUCAAAGAGGAAGGCCUCCACCAAGAGAAAAAAUCGAAAUGAAGAUGAUGUCGAGAUGGGUGAUAUACAUAUGGAUGUGGAGGACUUUCCUUCAACCUCCACUGUCAAUCCGAAGAAGGUUAGGCAUGGGGUUGACGUGGAGGACAUGGAUGACAGCCGUAUGAGUGGCCUUUUGUUUGCCCAAGAAAUGCCGUUGUACUCUCCGGAUCAUGUCAUGGGGGAUGUUGUACAACAUGCGCAACAUGUAGAGCUACAAGAAAAAAUUGUGGUGGAAAAAGAAGAAGGUCACAAAUAA